AGACCAAGAGGCGGGGGCUGCACUUGACAACCAGCAUGCCGAGAUGGCACACCUUGGGCCCACCCCACCUCCACACAGCCUUAAUUACAAAUCAGAGGACAGGCUUAGUGAGCAAGACUGGCCAGCAUAUUUCAAGGUCCCAUGUUGUGGGGUUGAUACAUCUCAAAUUGAGUCAGAAGAGGCAGAAGUGGAUGUGAGAGAAAGAGAGACACAGAGAGACAGAGAGCCAAAGAGGGCAAGAGACUUGACUUUAAGAGACUCCUGUACUGACAACUCCAUGCAGUUCGGAACCAGAACGACUACGGCUGAACCAGGGUUCAUGGGGACAUGGCAAAACGCUGAUACUAACCUCCUAUUCAGAAUGUCCCAACAGGUUCCAUUGGCAUGUACUGGCAGAGUGCUGAGGGCAGACUUCUGCCCAAACCUGGAGGAGCCAGACCACAGGCUGGAAGUCCAGGCCAUCCGUUGCACACUGGUAAACUGCACAUGUGAAUGUUUUCAGCCAGGGAAGAUUAACCUGAGGACUUGUGAUCAGUGUAAACAUGGCUGGGUGGCACAUGCCUUGGAUAAGCUCAGCACGCAGCACCUGUACCACCCCACCCAAGUGGAGAUUGUGCAGUCCAACGUCGUGUUUGACAUCAGCAGCCUGAUGCUCUAUGGGACACAAGCGGUGCCUGUGCGGCUAAAGAUCCUGCUGGACCGUCUCUUCAGUGUCCUGAAGCAAGAGGAGGUACUGCACAUACUGCAUGGCCUUGGCUGGACUCUGCGGGACUAUGUCCGAGGAUACAUCCUUCAGGAUGCUGCUGGCAAGGUGCUGGACCGCUGGGCCAUCAUGUCUCGAGAAGAGGAAAUCAUCACCCUUCAGCAGUUUCUGCGGUUUGGAGAAACCAAAUCCAUUGUGGAGCUGAUGGCAAUUCAGGAGAAAGAAGGGCAGGCCGUGGCUGUACCAUCUUCAAAGACAGACUCAGAUAUAAGGACUUUCAUUGAGAGCAAUAAUCGCACCAGGAGUCCCAGCCUCCUUGCUCACUUAGAGAACAGCAAUCCUUCCAGCAUUCAUCACUUCGAAAACAUCCCAAACAGCCUUGCAUUUCUGCUUCCAUUCCAGUACAUAAACCCUGUUUCAGCGCCACUGCUAGGGUUGCCUCCAAAUGGGCUACUGUUAGAGCAACCAGGGUUGAGGCUGCGGGAACCUAGCCUUUCAACUCAGAAUGAAUAUAAUGAGAGCAGCGAAUCUGAAGUUUCUCCCACACCUUAUAAGAAUGAUCAAACACCCAACAGAAAUGCCCUGACCAGCAUUACUAAUGUGGAGCCCAAAACCGAGCCAGCCUGUGUCUCUCCCAUUCAGAAUUCUGCGCCAGUCAGUGAUCUAACCAAAACUGAACACCCAAAAAGCUCUUUCCGGAUUCAUCGGAUGAGAAGGAUGGGGUCAGCCUCUAGGAAAGGAAGAGUGUUCUGUAAUGCAUGUGGGAAGACAUUCUAUGACAAAGGUACUCUCAAAAUUCAUUACAAUGCUGUUCACCUGAAGAUCAAACAUCGAUGCACCAUUGAAGGUUGCAACAUGGUCUUUAGCUCUCUCCGAAGUCGUAAUCGCCACAGUGCAAACCCCAAUCCUCGCCUUCACAUGCCUAUGCUAAGGAAUAACCGAGAUAAAGAUUUAAUUCGGGCCACCUCAGGAGCUGCCACCCCUGUCAUAGCAAGUACAAAAUCAAAUCUGGCACUCACAAGCCCUGGCCGGCCCCCAAUGGGUUUUACCACUCCCCCUCUAGACCCUGUCUUGCAAAAUCCUCUCCCUAGCCAGCUGGUAUUUUCUGGGCUAAAGACUGUACAACCAGUUCCUCCAUUUUACAGAAGUUUACUCACUCCGGGGGAAAUGGUGAGUCCUCCAACCUCCCUCCCAACCAGUCCCAUCAUUCCAACCAGUGGUACCAUAGAGCAGCACCCCCCGCCACCCUCUGAGCCAGUAGUGCCAGCAGUGAUGAUGGCCACCCAUGAGCCCAUUGCUGACCUGGCACCCAAGAAAAAGCCCAGGAAGUCAAGCAUGCCUGUGAAGAUUGAGAAGGAAAUUAUUGAUACCGCCGAUGAGUUUGAUGAUGAAGAUGAUGACCCCAAUGAUGGUGGAGCUGUGGUCAAUGACAUGAGCCAUGACAAUCAUUGUCACUCCCAAGAGGAGAUGAGCCCAGGCAUGUCUGUGAAGGACUUUUCUAAGCAUAACAGGACCCGGUGCAUUUCAAGGACUGAAAUAAGGAGGGCCGACAGCAUGACUUCUGAAGACCAAGAGCCUGAGCGGGACUAUGAGAACGAGUCUGAGUCUUCGGAGCCCAAACUGGGCGACGAAUCCAUGGAAGGGGACGAGCACAUUCACAGCGAAGUGAGUGAAAAAGUCCUGAUGAAUAGCGAGAGGCCUGAUGAGAACCACAGUGAGCCUUCUCACCAGGACGUCAUCAAGGUGAAGGAAGAAUUUACAGACCCCACUUACGACAUGUUUUACAUGAGCCAGUAUGGACUAUACAACGGUGGGGGUGCCAGCAUGGCCGCCUUGCAUGAGAGCUUUACAUCCUCUCUGAAUUAUGGCAGCCCUCAAAAGUUCUCCCCAGAAGGUGACCUGUGUUCUAGCCCAGACCCCAAAAUAUGUUAUGUGUGCAAGAAGAGUUUCAAAAGCUCCUACAGUGUGAAACUUCACUACAGGAACGUUCACUUGAAAGAGAUGCAUGUCUGCACAGUGGCUGGUUGCAAUGCUGCAUUCCCCUCUCGCCGAAGCCGAGACAGACACAGUGCCAACAUAAACCUACAUCGUAAACUGUUGACCAAAGAACUCGAUGACAUGGGCCUGGACUCGUCGCAGCCCUCCCUUAGCAAGGACCUCCGCGAUGAAUUUUUGGUGAAGAUCUAUGGUGCCCAGCACCCCAUGGGGCUCGAUGUCAGGGAAGACGCCUCCUCUCCCGCAGGGACUGAAGACUCCCACCUGAACGGGUAUGGGAGAGGCAUGGCGGAGGACUACAUGGCCCUUGACUUGAGCACCACCUCCAGCCUCCAGUCCAGCAGCAGCAUCCAUUCCUCCAGAGAAUCCGACGCAGGCAGCGAUGAGGGGAUUCUUCUCGAUGACAUUGACGGGGCGAGUGACAGUGGGGAGUCGGCACACAAGGCUGAGGCCCCUGCCCUCCCUGGCAGCCUAGGGGCUGAAGUUUCGGGAUCUCUUAUGUUCAGCAGCUUGUCUGGGAGCAAUGGUGGGAUCAUGUGCAACAUUUGCCACAAAAUGUACAGCAACAAGGGGACCCUGAGAGUGCACUACAAAACUGUGCAUUUGAGAGAAAUGCACAAGUGCAAAGUCCCAGGUUGCAAUAUGAUGUUUUCCUCUGUACGAAGCCGAAAUCGGCACAGUCAGAACCCUAAUCUCCAUAAAAACAUUCCCUUCACUUCAGUAGAUUAGUCUCAGAAUGGACACUACAAAUGCCAGCUCUCACCAGAUGGCCUACGUGUUUGAACUGCCAUAGUCAGUGUGCGCUUAUGUCCUUGGGGUGUGUGUCUGUGUGUGUGUGUGUGUGUGUGUGUGUGCAUUUAUGUAUGCUCUGUGGCUACAUAUACACACACGUAUUUCCUUGAGAUAAACAAGAUAAACACUAGGUGCUUUUGAAUUUUUUUCACUUCCCUUUAUAGUUUUUGGAAAGGAGUGGGAUCUUUGAUUUAAGGGUGAAAACAGAGUACCCCUUUAAACACACACACACACACACACACAUGCACAUACACACACAGUGUGCAACUAGCCCUAGUUUUGACAGAAUAAUUCUUGGUCUUCCCCAAAGAGACAAUUUGUUGUACCCAUGACUGUUGCCUGCAAAAAUAAAAGGGAAAAAAAAGAAAAAAGAAACAAAAAGGAACUUCUUAUAGUUGUCUUUUGUGAACUUUAAGGUUUUGAAAGAAUCUUCAAUUAAAGCAUGGCAGAUUCACCUGUAAAUAUUUAGCCUUGAGGGGCCAUUGAUGUAAAACAAUUGUAUUGAUGGUUGUUUAACUUUUUUGUUUAAUUUUUACAGUUACAUCCAGCUGUUAGAUAUGCAGGAAAAGAUAGUUUGCUGGCUAGCUCUAUUCAUUUAUGUUAGCAUUAAUGCACAUUUAAAAAAAAAAAACAUGGUCUUGUUUUUACUACCUGUUAGAUAUAGUGAUAAAGAGGUGCUGGCAUGCUUUACAGCACAGAUCUGAUUUUUUAAAAUGUCCUGUACUAGUACAUAAAUCCCGUCAUGCACUUUUUUUCAUACACUACAAGGGGAUGUGUAAUAACCAUGCUUCUUUUUUAUCCUUAAACUAUUGCCAUACUUCAGUAAGUGUCUUUUUUAAAAAAAAUUCACUUGUAUAAAAAUGGUCUGGUCAGUAUAGGGCACAAAUGCCAAACAAAGUAUUAGUGUUAACACAAAACUGCCAACUUUGCACAAGUUUCCAGAAAAGAAAAUACAAUUAGUCACUCAACAUAACCACAGGCCAAUUUGUUGGCCACCAGAAAACCGCUUUUUAAAAAAACACUUGGUGAUUCUUUCAAGUGCCGAAUGUUAUUAGAAUCAACAUUGCAUCCUUCUUGCUUAUACGUUAAGUUACAUAAAAGGAAAACAAAAUUAUGUGGUGUGAAACAGCCAAGGCAUUUAUUCUUCAGAGGCAGGAUAAUAUUUCAGGAUACAAAAGCCCAAAUUACCCACUACGGAACAAAGAUGAAUACAGUAAAAGAGUUGAACACUCAUUUCCAAGGCCCUAACCCUUAUCCUUUAAAAAGAAAUCCUCUGAACUGGGUCGGUCUGUUGUAUGGCUGUCUAAUUUCUUGCAAAUUCUGCAGCCGUACUAUAAUUCAGGCCUGUUUGGUAGACAAAAUCAAAAGGCAUUUAACAGCAGCAGUACUUGGAAGAUUUGAAAACACGUGCUAAACUUGAAUCGAGCAACACUCCUUUCUGAAAAGCCAGAAGAAAGGGGUUUUAAAGUAGGAUCUCUCAGUGUUUAGUGUUUUGUGUUUCCCCACACGAUUUGUCAGAGAGAAAUGAAAGCAAGCCUGAAACCAAGCAAUUGAGAGUGAGAAAGAGGGGAGAGACUAUUCUCCAAACCUUUUUUGUUUUGUUUUGUUUCCGAUGUUUACACAUGUUGCCUGAGCUGGUUAACCACAUCGGCAGCCUCAGCUACCACAACAUACUGACUAAAUGAUGAUAUUUACUCAAGUUCAGUCUGCAGCCAAAACCAUUAGGGUGUGCACUGCAGGCUGUUUUGUUGUCUUUUUUUUUUCCUUUUUUUUAAGUGGAGGGGAAAAGAAGAGAUAAACAAGGAAUAUUUUGUCAAACAGUACACAAUAAUUUAAAGAGAAUGUAUUUCUUUUUUGCAUUUAAUGGCCUCAGACAUUUCUCUCAUCAGUCUAAAAGUUAGAAAUAUCCCUUUGUUUUAACUUUUAUGUCGUUUCCAUUUUUCAUGUUUUUGUAAUUAUUUUUUCUAUGUUCACAUCAGCAUUCACUUCCGUUAAAUUUGCCAAAGGAAACUGUUAAUAUGUUUCUGUUGUUAUUGUUAUUCCUGUAGGAUUUAUUGUACCUCACAGUAUUUAUUGUUUCCCAAAAUAAGCAUCAUUAGUUGGGGAUUCAGUAUUUUUAUUUGUGAAAAUUUCAGAAACAAUAGAUUCUUAAAGAUAAGCUAGCUAUGUCUAGGAGCUUUAUCUUUUCACCUCCUUCAGAGGAUGCUAUGGGGUCCAUUUUAAUUCUUCAUUUGUUCUACAGGGAGGAAAGACCAAAAGUAUUUGCAGUACAAAAGAAACUAUAUCAAACACUAUGUUAAAUGACAAGUGUUUAUGGUAAAAAGCUGAGGAAUUAGUAAUAACCGUUUUUGUUUUCUUGUACUUUGAAUUCCCCAAAGUCUUAAUUGCUUUAUUUUGGUGUUGUGUUAAAUUGAACAGACAGAGAUGUUUUCCUUUGUUUUAUACCACAUAAGACUCUGUACAGUAUGUUUGUGAAAGAUUGAACUAGAAUAAUGAAAGUUUGUUUGCAAA